UCUUGUAAACAAUUAUGGCACUGAAGAUGGAUUCUCUGAGACCACAGGUCAAGCAAGCCGUGUUACAGAGGAUUGAUGGUUUCAGGGAGGCAUGUUGUCUUCACAGGGUCGUCUUCCUCUGUUUCAGGUCGAGGAUGCUCCUGAUCCGAAUCGGGCAGUGUUUUCUAUUGAAUGGCUUGAUUUUCUUAGGAAGCAUGUUUGUUAUAAAUUCAGUUGUCAUUCCAACUCUAGGAUGGAUACCAAAUCGAUGCCCAAAUUUUGGUUCAGACGAUCAAUGUUCCUUUGCUGGUGUAGUAAAACUUUAUUCCAUCUUACGCUCGGGACUUAUUCAGCUUUCCUAUGUGAGUAUGCAGAUUAUCUAUAUAAUUAAGCUUUUUCUUUUGCAAUUGAUUUCCUUAUAGAUGUCUUUUAUAUGUUUA